CAUCCAUGGAGCAUCACCCGAAUCGGCGUGUCGAAUCCACAUUUACUGCCGCACAAGCUCGCACCAAUGACUUCGCUCACUUUCCCCUGCCGCUCGUCACCACUGACGCCCGCCUCCAUUUCCCCUCCCGUCCCGUCGCCGUGUAUAAAGAUCCGCCGCUCGCGACGAGCUGCUCCCCAUCGCCGCCUCAUCGCCGCCAGGAGUUCGAGUUCCCCCCGAACCGUCGCCAUGGCUGCCGCACCAGUCAUCUCCCCGAAAGAAAAUCUGCCCCCUUCGCUGACCUCCACCUCCGAGCCCCCUCCACUCUUCGACGGCACCACCAGGUUGUAUGUUGCAUAUCACUGCCCAUAUGCGCAGCGCGCUUGGAUUGCCAGGAACUACAAGGGUUUGCAAGACAAGAUCAAGAUAGUCGGGAUCGAUCUCGCAGACAGGCCGGCUUGGUACAAGGAGAAGGUUUACCCACAGAACAAGGUGCCUUCACUGGAGCAUAACAACGAGGUGAAAGGAGAAAGCUUGGAUUUGGUCAAGUACAUUGACAGCAAUUUCGAUGGCCCAGCAUUGCUCCCCGAUGAUUCUGCAAAGAAGCAGUUUGCCGAGGAGCUGCUUGUGUACAUCGAUGAGUUCAACAAAGCACUAUACUCAUCCAUAACCUCCAAGGGAGAUGUGGCAGAGGAAACUGUUGCUGCGCUGGAUAAAAUAGAAGCGGCCCUGGGAAAGUUCAGUGAUGGCCCUUUCUUCCUUGGCCAGUUCAGUUUGGUGGACAUUGCAUAUGUGCCAUUUAUCGAAAGGUUUCAGAUAUUCUUUUCUGGUAUCAAAAACUAUGAUAUCACCAAGGACAGACCUAAUAUUCAGAAAUUCAUCGAGGAAGUGAACAAGAUCGAUGCGUACACGCAAACGAAACUGGACCCACAAUUUCUACUUGAACACACAAAGAAGCGGCUUGGGAUUGAGUGAAGAUGUGACCAAGGAUGACCAAGAGACCAGGGAACUACUGCAGCAUGGAAGAUGAAGAGGAAGACACUCAGGAGUGUGCUUGCUUGCUACUACUACUAGAUCAUGAAAGGCACGCGUUGCUGCGCCCGUCUUAUGGUAAUAAUAAAUUUUAGGCUUGACACAAUUGUGCGGAAGCAUUGUAUGUAAACUUUAAAUCUUCUAGUAUUAUAAAUAAUUUUGUGUAAUUUCAUUUUUUACCUGGAAUUUAAAGCAAUGUAGUAGUAUUAGGCUUAUGCCGUUGUCAUUACAAUACAACGAUUGUUCAAAGA